AUGAGCAAUAACCAAAGUUUCUUCACCGUCAAGGACGUCGCCGCCGCUGACUUCAUUAGAGAAUAUGCUUCUCACCUCAAGAAGGCUAACAAGCUCUCUAUCCCCGAAUUCACUCAAUGGACCACCACCUCUGUUGCUAGAGAAUUGGCUCCUCAAGAUAGCGACUGGGUUUAUAUUAGAACUGCCGCCUUAGCCAGAAAGGUUUACCUCAAGCCCCACACUGGUAUCUCUACCCUCAAGCACAUUUUCGGUUCCAACAAGGACAGAGGUAACUUGAGAAACAAGCACCAAGCUUGCCACGGUAAGAUCCUCAGAUGGGCUCUUAAGUCUCUUGAAGAUUUGAAGAUCAUCAGAAAGGACAAGAACUCUGCUACCAAGAAGUUCUCCAGAGUUAUUACCAAGGAAGGUAUGACUGAACUCAACAGAAUUGCUACCCAAAUUGCUAUCAAGCAAAGACAAGCUAAGUGA